AUGCUCUCUCUGCUCAAGAAAUUGGUCGCCGUUGGCCUUCUGGCUAGUACCGUGGUCUCUAUCCAUCCGAUUUGCAGACGUCCAGGUUGCCCUCCAAGUGACCUACCCGGUCAUAAAUCCGACGUCCCGACUACACUCGCGACUGGUCCUCUCGUCGCCAGAGAGCAAGGGAAUCCUGAAGCGACAUCAAGCGAUGUCGUAGUUGUCGUUGAAACUUCACUACCGACUCCCACCACCGUGCUCCCGAUCGUUACUACGGACGUCUCAACGACCCCUUCGAGCGCUACGGCAGUCGACUUGGACAUCGUCACCGUCGAGUUCCCAGCCAACUCGACAGACGGUACUAACGAGACCAUGCCGUACACCGCCUUCCUCCGCGAAGCCGUCCAAGCCGUCGCUAUUGCCGCAGUCGAUCACACCUUGAUCGUCACUGGAGCUUACGGGGGAGCCUACGAAAUGUCUCCUCUCCAAGAACAACUCGGUCACGUGGUUGGUCUGGUCCAGAAAUUUGGCUAUGAAUAUGGCGUCAACCGCACCCUCACUUGUACCAAUCAGACCUGCAUGAGAAAUGUCAUCCUCAACGCCAUGGACACCACACAGAUGGCUGCCAUGGUCCAGACCAAGAAGGUGAUUCAGCCUACCCUUGAUGCCAUGGGCCAGGACGGAGCUUGGUCCUCUGUCCUGCUCGAUGUGGCUCUGGCGGGCCAGCAAAGCCAGACCAGCGAGCACUUGGAGGACUAUCCUGUCAACGGCGAGGGCGAAUCGUCGACACCAGCUCAGAGUACCCUUGGCCCGUGGGUUAUUCCCAUCGCUCCUAUCAUGUUGCCUUUUCAAGAUCCUGAUGGUACAUCUCAAAACGAAUCUCAGGACGUAUCUACCGACGAAUCCCAGCCCUCGGACGUCCCGAAGUGGAAACGUGGAGGUUCGACCAAUAGACUCUAUGGGGAACCUGGCACCUUCAGCGAACUCCUCAAAGCGAUCAAAAAUGCCUACUCGAUGCGAUGGUCCCGCUUGUUUCGGUUCCUGUCAUCGCAUAAGGGAUACGACCAACUAACCAAGUCCAACCUCCUCAAGCAUAAUCCACAUCUCCUGGACUCCGAGGACGAGAUCGAGGAGAUGAACGAGGAGAAAGGGAUAGAGAACGCGCGGAAGUGGGCCCGGGCGCAGAGGACGGCGGAGGCCACGACCGAUUUCGAGGAGAUAUUCAUGGACCUCGAGGGCGACGUCACGAUCCCAGAUCGACUGAUCCCACGCACGCUUCCUCCCGAAUGGGCCGAUCUCGGGAGACGAGCUUUCCAGGACAGGCUGAUGCAGACCAGCUUGGAGGCCUGGGCGGAUGAUACCUUGGGUCUUGAGUACCGUGAUAUGUUCGAUAUGCGCGGUGUGAUCCGCCGCGUCAGAGGGGAGCUGAGGUUCGAUCCGCACGGCGCCUUGCCUCCAGUAGCUCAACCACCACGAGGAAGUCAACCGCGUCCAGUUCCGGGUGGACCGCCGGUGCCGCUUUUGCCGCUUGGGGCGCCGCCGCCCCUAGCUCCUGCACCCGCUGGGCCUGCUGGUGGGCGACCGAGACCUGGACUGAGUCCUAGACCACAAGCGCCACCCGAUCAGGGCCCAUCGCCUGAAAAAUUUACUUCGGCGCAGCCUCAAGAAGCUACUCCAACACCACAACAACCACCAUUUACGCCAGCUGCCUCCCACGUCCCAACAACGCUCUUGGUGCAGACUUCGAGAUCCACCAGAUCGUCGUCGUCGUCUACACAAACAACAAUGUCCAUAGUCACACCACAAUCGACGCCUCCAUCGCAAUACAAAUCCGGCUGCAAUGUCCCCUUGGCCAUCACCGGCAACGACGACGCCACCCAAGAAGAGUUCGCCGCCGCACAAGCAGCACACGAUCCAAUCGCGUACUCCCAAGAUGCCUGCCCCAACAUCCAUCCCCCCACCACUCUGGGACUGGCACCACCCGCCCCGCUCCGGCUGCUGGAACCCCGUCUACACCAAAAACAGCAACGACGCAACACAAGAAGAAUUCGCCGCCGCGCAUGUGCUCACGACCCCGUCGCCCUAGCCCAUCAAGGCUGCACCCCCUUCAAACCCAUCAUCCAACCAGCCAACAUUUGCUGGCCGCCACCCUCGGCGGAUAACACAACCAAACUCUUCAAGUCCCGGCAAACUCACCUUCUGGUGACGUCGUGGAUCUGUGAUGCGACGGUGGAGGAGUUCAAGGCCGCAAGGGCGAAGGGGGAUGUUAAUUUGAGGGGGAGGUUGGAGGAGGAUGAUGUUGGUGGCUUGGACGAUGGGUUUGAGGAUUUUGAUCCUGUGACAGGGAUCAGUUGA